AUGGUGUCGUUCAAGCAACUCGUGGCCGCGGGCUUCGUCUCCAACGCCGCAGCUACGUCCGUCAGACGAGGCACCACGCCGGUGGCGUCCAUCUCGUGCAAUGGGAAGGCCUACGCAUACAACGGCAUGGCCGGGUUCGGGUCCGUGGCCUCGGACGCUCGAGACCAGUACGGCGACACCAUCAGCAUCGGGUCGUCGGUGUCCAUCAAGGACUGGAAGAAGACCGGUAACCGCUACACGGGCACUUUCUACGGCCUUCCGGACCGCGGGUGGAAUACCAAUGGAACACAGAACACCGUUCCUCGGGUGCACGUCUUCGACAUCACCUUCACGCCUGCCCCUGGAGCGACUGCUGCCAAACCGUCCGGCCCGAACCUGCAGUUCCAGUACAAGCGCAGCAUCCUCCUGUCAGGCCCGGAUGGCCAGCCCAUGACCGGCCUGGACGCCGAUGCCACGGGCGGCCUGACCUACCCGGGAUUCCCCACGAUGCCCGCUGCCACGUACCCGGGCGACGGGUUCGGCGGUCCUGGUCCCGGCGGUAAGCGCAUCUCACUGGAUGCCGAAGGGCUGGUUGUACUCGACGACGGCUCGUUCUUCAUCAGCGACGAGUACGGGCCGUUCGUCUACAAGUUCGACAACAAGGGCCAGAUGGUGGCCGCCAUCCAGCCGCCCGACGCGCUGCUGCCCAUCCGGAACGGCAAGGUGAGCUUCAGCUCCGACACGGCGCCCAUCUACAACAGCAGCCAGGUGCCCGACCCCGAGGACCCCGUCCACGGCCGCCAGAACAACCAGGGCUUCGAGGGCCUCACCAUGAGCCCUGACGGCAAGAGCCUCUGGGUCAUGCUGCAGUCGGCGGCCGAGCAGGAGGGCGGCGCAUCGUCGUCUAAGAGCCGCAACACGCGGUUCCUCAAGUACGCGCUCCAGCAGAAAAAGAGCGGUAAGCAGGACAGCGACGGCGACAUCGAGGUGACGUACGAGGCCGAGUACGUCGUGCAGCUGCCGACCUACGUCAACGGGAAGGGCAAGACACGCGUCGCGGCGCAGUCCGAGAUCCACUACGUCUCGGACACCCAGUUCUUGGUCCUGCCGCGCGACUCGAGCGCCGGCCGCGGCCAGGACGAUCCGCUGUCCCGGUACCGCCACGUCGACGUCGUGGACAUCUCGGGCGCGACCAACAUCAAGGGCGCCAAGUUUGACGACAUCCGCAACGGAAACAUUACUACCGGCGGCAUUGACGAUCCCUCGGACACUCUUGUUGCUGGUAUCACCCCAGCGGAGCUGUGCCCUUUCCUCGACUACAACAUCAACUCGGAGCUCAACAAGUUCACGGCUGCCAACGGCGACGCGAUUCACAACGGCGAGCCAGUCAACCUGGGCCUGCUCAACGAGAAGUGGGAGUCUCUUGCUCUCGUGCCGGUCAACCCCGGCGGCGGCAGCUGCGGUGACAAGGACGAGUAUUACCUCUUCACGGUGUCGGAUAAUGACUUCAUCACCAACAACGGGUACGCCAACUUUGGCAAAUUUCACUACGUCGACACCUCAGCGACCGUCCCGUUCCUCGAUAGCCAGGCGUUGGUCUUCAAGAUCACUCUGCCGAAGGGGAGCAAGCCGCUGGUUGCGUAA